AUGGCCCUCACGGCCGCAGAACGCACAUUUGCCAUUCCCGAACUCCUCGAAACCAUUCUCAUCCAACUCGCACGUCAACAUCUUCCGCGUCGAGGUCUCGAUCCAUUAGCCCAACGACAACUUCGUAUUCCCUCUCGAGGCCUCGAUUCUAGUACGAGCCAUUAUCUCGCAUACACUCCACUCGUCUACCAGCUCUUUGUCCUCCAGCGAGUCAAUUCUACCUUUCGCGGUGUGCUGAGAGCGUCGAAAGAGCUGCGGCAAUGGAUGUAUCCGGAUCCGCAUAGCAGAAUGUUGGAAGUCGAGCAUGAUGAUGAGGAGGAGGAGGAGGGACAUCAACAUCAAGGUAUCGAAACAUUGAUACGCUUAGCGUGGUUGUUUAGUUAUGUGGGCUUGAGGGUUUGUCAUCAUCAUAAUCAUGUUCAAGUCAAAGAUGGUGGCGGAAGCGGAAGUGGAAGUGGCAGCAUCACCAAGGAAGUCUUGCUCACGAAACAUCCUCGUGAGUCGCCUCAUUUGUGGCCGCGCGGCUUUGAGAGUGAAGAUCAAGGCGUGAUGAGGUUUGCACGACCUGAAUCUUCUUGGCGGAAAAUUGUCAUGUUUGACGAUAAUGAUGAUGAUGAUGAUGAUGAUGACGAUAUGGACGAUAUUGAUGAUGACGAAAAUGAUGAAAAUGAUCAACACAAACAUGUUACUCGGCGGCGGAGAAGAAUUGGAAACGUCCAAGUUGAAGUAUGGGUGGUGAAGAGCAACGAAAAUACGACGCCGUCGUACGUACAGACGUGGAAUUUCCAUCGCGAAGAAAAGCCCACGCUGGGAGAUGUCUAUGAUGGUUUGAAAAUCCUCUAUGGACGAACACAGGAACAGCAUGCCAAGAUCGCUGAGCAGGAGCAGCAGGAAUAG